AUGUUUUCCAACAUUAGUACUGCUGCUGCCGCCACUGCCAACCAGGCACUCAUUGCCCUUCUCGCCAGGUUGAAUCAGAUGGUUGAAGAGGUUCUCCGGUCCCGGUCAGAAGAUGAGAGGAUGAGGUUGAGCAGAGCCAUUGCAUCUCAAAUGAAUGAUGCCAUUCACUCCUACCGGACAACGGCUACCUACAUCCCCCUUCGCCUGUUCUCUAUGACAUUGGGUCCUGCUCCCACUCCACCAACCACUACCGCUGCACCAACACUGCUAUCUGGCCCUCCACCGGCACUGGUACCGGCACUUGCACCUGUAGCCAAACCUGCACCAGCACCUGCUCCUGUACCGGCACCUGCUCCUGUACCGGCACCUGCUCCUGUACCGGCACCUGCUCCUGUACCGGCACCGCUCCUGUACCGGCACCUGCUCCUCCACCGGCAUCUGCUCCACUGGCACCUGCUCCACCAGCAUUUGCUCCACCAGCUCCGGCACUACCGACUCCCAACACAAUCCGCAUUCCUGGCAAUACAUCUGGUCAAGAGGGCCCGGAAGGCUAUCCCCAAGUCGAAACCACUGUUAACAGACACGGACACUGACGGCGAUACAGUUUGCAUUGGCAAAGAUAAGCCCAAGGCGAAGGGAAAAGGAAAGGGAAAGGCGAAGGCGAAGGCAAGGGCAACUUCACCGGAUCGCGAUAACCGGCAAAUGACGAUGGAAGAUGGCGAUCAUGAUCCGGAAGUCAUUCUCCAUAAUCCAAAACAAACCAUGAUCAAAAAGAAUUUACCAACCAUUGUCAUUACCACUCGGCCAAUGCUGCCCCCUCCAGACCAGAAGAAGAAGGCUGCUGACUCGGAGGAAUACAAACCAGAGGAGGAGGAGGAGGAGGAGGAGGAGGAGGAGGAGGCGGAUGAAGACGAUGCAAUUGAGCCUUCUGGGACACGGGUCAAACCGGGUGAGGGACGAUUACCAUCCAAGUCCGGUACAGAUCGUACCAGAACAGCCAAGGACAAGGCAAAGACCAGGGGCAAGCGUCCACAGCUGAAACCCAUUGGUACACCUAUCCUACCAUGCAGGAGAUGCACAAUUAUGAAGGCCAAAUGCAAAAGCUGGUUGACCAAAAGGGGCAAGGUCGCCCAUACUUGCAUUCUUUGCAGCAAGUGGAGGAUGAAAUGCAUCCAGCUGGAUGAUCCAGUCCUACCGGCCACAGCCAUAGUCACUCGCUCCAAGACGACCGGAAAAACCAAGACUGUUGGGCAGUCAAAAAACAAAGGCAAAGUCGUCCAAACUCAGCAUCCCAGUCCUAUUCCGGAGGAACUGGAUGUCGAUGUUGAUAUGACCGAUGCCCCUGCACUCACCGGCACCGAACAUCCUGGCACUGCUACUGAUGCAGGCCCUGAGGUAUCUGUCGAUGAUUUUUUGAUGGAUCGAUGGAUCGAAGCCGUGGAUGAAACUACCCUGCCCCCAGCACCAUUUAUAGAGACACCGGAUGCAUUUCUGUACCUCAUGGAUGCCCUCCUGGCACAAAUUCAGAUCGACAUGGAUCAGCUCCGGACAUGUGACAACAUUAUUCAUGAUGAGCUGUCCCAUCAUAUUGACCGGCUGCAAGCCGGCUUUACAAAUGAAUUAGCCUCCCAGAAGGGAGUGGUAGAUCAGUUGACUUUUCAGGUCAGCGGUAUUGCCCGGUACCUGAGCAACAGCCACAGGGCCACCACAGCAGCCGGUUCAACUCCACCAGCAUUCAAUCCGCCACCCAUUGUCAUCCCCAAUACCCCCACAUUCCCUGACUUUGGCUCAAUCAGCGCCUUGGGUCAUUCCAUCACCAACAAUGUCUUCACUCCGGAUGUGUUUUUGACCAACACGCGUCCUGUCGGAGAUGGCUCACCAGUCGCAAGGCAUGAGCAGGUACCUACACCCUCCACCUCUACCAUCAACCCUGUCCCCACCAUGGGGGAAUCCGGUCCACACAGUCAUCCGGUUAGUGCACUUCCGGUACCAGCCCCUACUGUCCCAAUGGCAUCUAUGCCCUCCACUAGUACCCUUCGCACCAUGCUCACCAGGCCACCACAUCUGCUGGCAGAUGGUCAGUCCAUUUCGGCUCCUUUGCCGAACCGGGCAUUUGCACCUCAAUCACGGCAACAAGGUCGGUCAGUGAGUGCUAGGCAUGACAAGAACCCUUCUGGUAAUAGGGCCAAGUAA